AUGAAGAAAGCUUUGUUGCUCGCGUUGGUUUUCACGUGCGUAGUCGCAUUAGCGAAAGAAGAUAGCGACCAGCCAAUAGCAGUUGAGGGUGCACCCGAAGAGCCAAUCACUGAAGAGCCAAACCCUGAAGAGCCAAUCCCAGACGAGGGUGAAGAUGAAGAUGGUGGGGAUAUCGAUUUGCCAGUUGCAGAGGUUGGAGAGAUUCACGUGACUGGUGGGUGGAGUUCCGUGAGUGAAAAAUAUUUACAGGACAUGCGCAAAUAUGCCGAAAGGUCUUUAGAGCUUUUCGACGAUUCAGAAACUGGUGGCCUAGCGCAAAGAAUUCAGAAGAUCAAAUCUGCUUCUACUCAGGUGGUGAAUGGUUUCAAUUAUAAACUAGUCAUGGACGUCGGUCUGCUGAACUGUAAAGAAGAAGAAGCCUCCAGAGAUGAUAAUGCAUGCAAAAGUGCAGAGUGCACCUUCAUCCUCUACCAACCGUGGCCGAACAUAGAGCCGAGCAGAUUAUCAUUUGCAUCUUGCGAAAGUUUUCAAGAUGUUUUACAAAUGGGAUGA